CGGCAGAAAUAAUUAAAUCAGUCUCGAUAUUAUUUUCAUGGAAGAAGUUGUCUCGUUUUAAAUUUGGAAUAAUGUUUUAAGAACAAUUUAAAUUCAUUUGUUUUGAAUAGUGAUUUAUUUAUAGGAUACUGUUUAAAGAUGGCCAAUGUUGCAUUUCUUAUCUUCUUAUUUGGCCUAUGUCAAGCACAAGUAAAAGAUACGGACGAGGAUCUAGCAACCCUACUUCAACAGAUAUUCGGAACAGCACCAACAACCAACAUAUCUGGUCCUCCAUCUACAACUGUACCAAGUCCAAUUCAAAAAGAAGAAGAUGUUCUAAUGACAAGCAUAUCCCAUUGCGACACGGCUGAUGGCAAAGCAGGUAGGUGCACCAUACCUUCGGGUUGCAAGAAAAGACUCUCACCGCUAAGGAAAAGUGAUAGAGGCCUUUGUAUUCGAUCUGAUGAAAUUUGUUGUGAUGUUAAUGACAUAUUGACCGGAGUUGAAACUGAUGUGAAAACUGGAUGCGGUUGGCGUAACGGCGAUGACACACAGAUCCGUUCGAAUAGUGAUCGGACUGAAUUUGCCGAGUUCCCUUGGAUAGUUGCUGUACUCAAGGUAGUGCCUGUGAAUCCUGAAAAGCCUGAAGGUAGUAAGAUGUAUCUAUACACUUGCGGAGGCUCAGUGAUACAUCCUAGGGUAGUAAUUACUACCGCACACAAUGUUUACCAAAAGAAUAUAAAACUUCGCGCUCGUGCCGGUGAAUGGAAUACAACGUCUGAAGACGAAGUCCUACCAUAUCAAGACAGGAAUGUUGAGAGAGUAAUUGUUCAUGAACUUUUUAAUACUACGAGAUCCAACUUAUUCAAUGAUGUAGCCCUUUUAGUACUAGAUAAGCCUUUAGAUUUUGUUCUAAAUGUGAAACCUAUUUGCCUGCCACCCGCUGGUAGGCGAGUUGUUGACGGCACCAGAUGUUUCUCUGCUGGCUGGGGAAAGAAACAAUUCGGUAAAGCAGGCGCUUAUCAAACAGUACUUAAAAAGGUGGAAAUCCCAGUUAUAGACAGAAGUAAAUGUCAAAGGGAACUUCGUAAGACUAGAUUAGGGCCUUUAUUUAGACUGCAUAGUUCGUUUAUGUGCGCGGGAGGAGAACUAAACAAGGAUACGUGUACUGGAGACGGUGGUUCACCUCUGAUGUGCCCUGUGGAGGGUCAGGUUGGUAGGUACACCGCAUCAGGUAUGGUCGCGUGGGGUCUUGGUUGUGGUGAUGAGGUGCCAGCUGUUUACGCCGAUGUUGGCGCGCUCCGGCCUUGGAUUGAUUCCAAGAUGGCGGAACUCGGCUUCGGUCAGGACACCUAUACUCAUUGAAUAAAGAUUUUUUUUACAAAAAAAUAAAA